AGAUAAAAUUGAUAAAAAUCAGUAAAAGUCUGGAAAAGGAAAAUGAACACAAGCUCAGAGACAAAAGAUUAAAAACUUAUUAGUUCGAUUCAGUGCAAAAAUGUAAGCUCAAUUGUUUGAUUAUACAUACAAGAAAACCCAAUUAGUCUUGUUAGCGAUUCCAAUGCCGAUUCUUACCAACCAUUUCAAUCGAACGGCCGGAAAGACGUCGAAGCUCCGGAGGUAUUAUCGCCGGCGGAAGAUGCAGAAGCCCCUCCGUCUCUGGAAAUGGGAUGGCUACAUCUAUUAUAUACAGGUGAAUAAAGUCCGUUGAUUUUUUUUCAGCCCCUUAAUACUGCUUCUCCAUGCCCUCUAUCUGUUUGACGAAAUGCCCAAAUGACGAUUGUGUUAAUAAUGCCUGUGUCCUGCUCUUGAUUUCCUCAUUUGCUGUGUGCAAUGCGCUCUCCUGAAUUAACUUGGAUUGUUGGUCCUUUGUAGUGUUGAAUUCUUAUGUUAAUUAAUGAAUCCAAUGUCUGCUCUAUGAAUCAGUAUAACUAUUGUUUGAAGUGGCGGUGCGACUUGCUAUUUUAACAUCUCUCAUGUUUUUGAAUGUGGAUAAGUUUGAUUUGAUUAACUGAAUAAAGUUUCGAAUUACUGUGAAAUAUGAUGAUCUUUAACGGAAAUGGAUCACCUGCUGUGCACAGCAGGUGCUGUGCCAUUUUUUACACAAACAAUAAAUAAAAGAAAAAGGAAAAGAAAAGGAAUAAAAACAAGUAAGGCAGCGUUUUAUUCACAAACUGCUGUGUUUUAAACACAGCCCCCUGCUGUGCACAGCAGGGGAUCCUUCCCCGAUCUUUAACACCUAGGGAGUGUGUCAGUGCUUGUUUUCAGCUGCAAAGGAACACAUAAGUACUGUGGUUUAUGUCGGAUUUUUUGUGUGGAAGUCGUAGUUUUAGUUGUAGAAGAGUUUGCUGUAUAAAAGAAAUAUGCUACAGAUAACUUAUAAACAAGAUGAUUAAGAUACCUGUGAGGAUUGUUACUCUAACAGAUAUAACACUUCCAAGUGUAGGUAGAAAAACAAAACAAUCAUGGAUUCCUAUCACGAUCUUCGGGGAACAUAGUCUAAACAAUCAUGGUUUGCUAUCACGACCUUUGGGGAACACAAUGUAAACAUUUCUUGGUCUAGUGUAUUCUAAAAGUAGCGAACGCAAACAAAUUCAUUUGGGGGGCUAUUGUUCAAAGUUCAUAUAUGGGGUAUAUAUUUUUCUUGUUCAAGUAUAGGUUUUUUGAUAAAAGGAUUAAUUUGUUUGGGGAAGGAGGGGGGGCUUCAGCCCUCCCCAGCACCCCUGGUAUAUUAUUUUCAAGCAAUCCAACUGAAUUUAUGGAAUCCAUUCAAUACCUUGUUUUUUUGGAGAACUAAUCAUCUGUACCUCUAUUUUAAUUGGGAACCACACUCAAGAAUAUAAUUUUUCAAACGGUUGAGAAUGAAAAGCUAAUUGUAAUAAUAAACCAUAACUAACAUUUUACUAACUAAAAAAUGAAAAUAUAAAAAUAAAAAUGUUUACAAAACAUUUACUAUGAUAUAAAUAUUGAAAAAAAAGUUGAACAAGUUGAUAGUGGUAGAGAAAUGAUACACCACAGCUUGGUAUAUAAAACAAAAGAUAGGAAAAGAAAAACAAAAAAAUGUACCAGCACACAGUUUCUCUUAAGUCAAAAUAUAUGAUUCUUUUUGCAUUUACAAAAUUACUUCCAUAUUGGCCCAUGGUGCUAUCAAAACAGGGUUCGGAUGGAACUGAGUGAAUUUAAAUCUGCUGGGUUAGAAUACUGUGCACUCAACAAUCUUAAUCUGUUUCGUAGUUAAUGAUAGUUUCAUAGAAGAUGUAAUGGAUGCAAGAAAGGGCUGAAACUGGCCCAAAUCAUUGAUUAUCAAAGCAAUGAAAUACAUGUAUAUAUUCAUCAGCUACAUUAUAAAUUUGUGAUAUAUGUUGCCUAAUCUAAUAUGUUUAGAAUUAGUAGGUGAUUGCUUCUCAUUGUUCAAGAUUGCUAUGACUUAUUAUUGUUUCGUGCGAAAGUACUCUGCCUCGUUCAUUAGUAGUCAUAUUAGUCUGACUCUAAAAUAAUAUAAUGCAUAUUAUUUCUAAUAUUUUCUCAGACGUUCUGCUUGCAGUAUCCAACUAAUAAUUUUGUUUGGUAUCAAAGUAAAUUCUUAUGUUCUUUAAUCAAAUAUCACAUAUGCGAUAAGUUAAUUACACGAAUACAAUAAUAAGAAAAUACUAGAUUACAGAGGUGGCCAAGUGGCUUCUGAGCCGCUACGCAUUUAAACUUAUUCCGAAUUAGAAUAGUGGAAAAUAGCAUUAAUCACACCUUACUUAUAAGUUAUAACGCUUGCUCAAAUGCCUGCAUACGUAACAUCUAUCCUCACACGUCACAAGACCUUUAUGAUGGCACCUACACUCACAAUAUAUACGUGUGAACGAGUGCAUAUCUUUUAUUAAAUCAACUAUGAUUGUAGGGAUUAUUACAAAACAAAAAGAUUAAGAAAGCCAGGUGGCUGUUAAGCGAUACCACUGGCCGCUUAUUCCAGUCCAAUCAACUUUACUCCAUGUAACAAAAAGGAUUAUUACAAAACAAAAAGAUUAAGAGAGCCAGGUGGCUGCUAAGCAAUACACACAGGACAAAAAAAGACAGUAGGCUCAUUUAAUUUUGUAGCGCACGCGCACUAGCUUGGAUGCGCAGCGCCUAUAUAAGAAACACAGGAUUUGGAGGCCAGUUGUCCUUUUUGGUGCAGUCUUCGCCAAGAAUUAUUUCCUUGAAGGUAAAUCUGUUGUUUAAAGAAUUUUAAUUACAUAGCUAUACACAAAUGAAGAAAAAAUUGCAUCUUUUUUAUAUAUUUUCAUGAAGGUAUAAACUUAAUUAAUGGUUUAGUUUCUCCGUUGUGUAGUUAAUGAUAGAUUAUAUGUUUGAAAUGACUUCUUGUUGAAUUCCAUAGAAGGGAAGAAGAUCUAAUUGUCUGAAUCUAUGAAGUUCACAUUAAUGCUCUAGCAAAUAAAGUAAGGGAGAGAACACAAAUAACUACAGAAAAGUAAAUGUGGAGCAAUCGCUGAAAUUGAGAUUCUUGAUUUUGUUUUUGACAACAUUUCUGAGUAUUUUAAGUUCAUAUUUUUGGUGAUAAUUCUGUAUUCAUGUUUGCUGUUGACAAGUUUAUUUUCAAAAUGAUGUUGCAAGGAUUAAGUUCAUGAAGCAGUGUUCUUUAAGUUGAAGUGCUUGGAUUUAAUGGUGUCGCAGAUGCGAGUGUGGGACUUUUUAUUUGUCUCAAAAAAAAUUUUGGAUUCUUCAAUUGUAUGCAUAUUUUAUACUCUCCUGCUUGUAAACAAUUCAGGGAUCAGUCCUUUAUUUUACUCAUUUUCACAAUAAUUUUUAAUGAGUAGCAGUUGAUAAUUUUUACAUUUUAACCCUGUUUGGGUAAUCACUUCUGUCAUGUCAUGCUAAGUAUUUCGAAGUAUUUUUAUUUUACAAGUUGUCAUAAAAAACACCCCAUUAUUUUCACUUCUGUAAUAUAUUUUGUUUUGCAUGUAUGUGUAUAUAAAACAAAGACACACAUCUAAAGUGCACAGAUAUUUUAGUUCUUCGUGAAUUCUUGAGGUCCUAAGCAAGAUGAGAUGAAUUUGAUGCUAGUUUUCUCAAUAAAAUUUGAUGAAUUCAAAAAUGUACAGCUCAGCAUUCUCUGUUCUCAGUCAAGCUUUCCCAGUUGCCUCAAACAUGAAUUCAGAUCGGACAUCCAACAACUGCUUCUGGACGAUGGGGGUGGAUGAUGCUGCAUCAAAUGAUGCACGCACAUCUUUGAAUUGGACAAGCGAGGAGGACAAGGCAUUCGAGAUUGCUCUCUUUACCCACUAUAAUCAUGCUGAUAUGUGGGGUAAGAUCGCAUUGGCAGUUCCUGGGAAAACAGUUCAAGAUCUAAAACUUCACUAUGAAGCCUUAAGUUUGAUGGCUUUUGAGUCUGGCAAGAUGCCUCUGUCCAUUUAUUCGAGAAAAGGCGAUGUUCUAGAAGAGAAGAAGCUGAAGUCAGAGCAAGUGACACGAGAGUCUUCUACAGCUAGAACCGGAGAAUUGUUUCCUGGAAAUCUCGAGAGAGCAGCAGCGCACGCUGGAACCCAACUGCUGUCAGGAUGCGCAAAGGUAGCUUCAGGUGAUGCUUUCGGGAAGCGCGGGCGCCCUAAGAAAGCUGUGUGUACUAAUGAAAACAAGCUGGUGCUGGGGGCAAGGUAUCCCAGGAAAAAGAAAGCUGUUGCAUGUAACGAGGGCAAAUUGCUGCCCGGGAAGCUACUGCGGUCUGGGUACCCUCAAGAAGCUCCAAAGGAUAUCGGAUAUCAACUGCUGUCUGGAUACCCUAAUCAACUGGGCUUCCCAUCUGGUUCACUCCCGACUCCUUCUUAUGGGACUGUUGGGAAUAGCACAGGUGCAGCAAUGCGGGAUAUUGAUGAGCUUGCUGAUGGUCGAUAUGAUAUCGGUUCUAGCACCGAUAUUUUGGAUGAUCUUGAUAUCUCUUUGUUCCCUUAUUUUUGGGAUUGAAAUGGUUUCAAGGAAGUUAAUACAUUUUUCUUUUGGAAAAGCGUACUUUUGAUGGGAUGGCUUGUAAUAAAGUUUGCUAAUGUGUACAAUGUUUUAUCUUCUUUAAUAAAGUUAUGUAUUUGGUUACUUA